CCGCCGCCGCCGCCGCCGCCGCCGCCGCGCCGCGGCUGCUGCUCCGGCUGCUGCAGGAGGCGGCGCUGGCUGGCGGCUGCGCUCGCUCCUGUAGGCAAGCGGAGCAGCGAGCGAGGGAGCGUGUGUGUGUGUUUUUUAAAGAUGGCCGGAGCGGCGGCGGCGGUGGCCGCGGGAGCAGCAGCUGGAGCCGCCGCGGCAGCCGUGUCGGUGGCGGCUCCCGGCCGGGCCUCGGCACCUCCGCCACCCCCUCCGGUGUACUGUGUGUGCCGGCAGCCGUACGACGUGAACCGCUUCAUGAUCGAAUGCGAUAUCUGCAAGGACUGGUUCCACGGCAGCUGUGUUGGAGUAGAAGAACAUCAUGCUGUUGACAUUGACCUGUAUCACUGUCCCAACUGUGCAGUUCUACAUGGCUCCUCCCUGAUGAAAAAGCGGAGGAACUGGCACAGGCACGACUACACAGAAAUUGAUGAUGGUUCCAAACCAGUGCAGGCUGGAACCAGGACUUUUGUUAAGGAGUUACGUUCUCGAGUCUUCCCAAGUGCCGAUGAAGUCAUUGUAAAGAUGCAUGGUAGUCAGCUGACGCAAAGAUACCUGGAGAAACAUGGAUUUGAUGUCCCUAUUAUGGUCCCUAAAUUAGAUGAUCUUGGACUCAGGCUCCCUCCACCUGUUUUUUCUGUGAUGGAUGUUGAACGUUACGUAGGUGGUGACAAAGUGAUAGAUGUCAUUGAUGUGGCAAGGCAGGCUGACAGCAAAAUGACGCUUCACAAUUAUGUUAAAUACUUCACAAAUCCUAACAGACCAAAAGUGUUAAAUGUGAUCAGCCUUGAAUUCUCAGAUACUAAGAUGUCUGAAUUGGUGGAGGUCCCUGAUAUAGCCAGAAAACUUUCCUGGGUUGAAAAUUAUUGGCCGGAUGAUUCAGUGUUUCCCAAGCCAUUUGUUCAGAAAUACUGCUUAAUGGGAGUUCAAGACAGCUAUACAGAUUUCCACAUUGACUUCGGUGGGACUUCAGUCUGGUACCAUGUCCUCUGGGGUGAGAAGAUUUUUUAUUUGAUAAAGCCAACAAAUGAAAAUUUGGCACUCUAUGAAUCUUGGAGUUCAUCUGUGACUCAGAGUGAGGUGUUCUUUGGAGAUAAAGUUGAUAAAUGCUACAAAUGUGUGGUGAAGCAGGGACAUACCUUAUUUGUUCCUACAGGGUGGAUUCAUGCUGUGCUCACUUCUCAGGACUGUAUGGCUUUUGGGGGAAACUUUCUGCACAAUCUUAAUAUUGGCAUGCAGCUCAGGUGUUAUGAGAUGGAGAAAAGACUAAAGACACCGGAUCUUUUCAAAUUCCCUUUCUUUGAAGCCAUAUGUUGGUUUGUAGCCAAAAAUUUGCUGGAAACCCUGAAAGAACUGAGAGAAGAUGGUUUCCAGCCUCAAACUUACUUAGUACAGGGAGUGAAAGCACUACAUUCUGCUUUAAAAUUAUGGAUGAAAAAAGAACUUGUAUCUGAACAUGCCUUUGAAAUUCCAGACAAUGUUAGACCUGGACAUCUUAUUAAGGAACUUUCUAAAGUAAUUCGAGCAAUAGAGGAAGAAAAUGGCAAGCCAGUUAAAUCUCAGGGAAUCUCUACUGUGUGUCCAGUUUCUCGGUCCUCAAGUGAAUCAACUUCCCCAUACCAUUCCCGAAGAAAGAUGAGGAAACUUCGAGAUCAUAAUGUCCGAACUCCUUCUAAUCUAGACAUCCUAGAGCUCCAUACAAGGGAGGUCCUCAAAAGAUUGGAGAUGUGUCCAUGGGAAGAGGACAUCUUGAGCUCUAAACUGAAUGGAAAGUUCAACAAACAUCUCCAGCCAUCUUCUACAGUACCUGAAUGGAGAGCAAAAGAUAAUGAUCUACGAUUACUGCUGACAAAUGGAAGAAUAAUUAAAGAUGAGAGGCAGCCCUUCGCAGAUCAGAGUCUUUACACAGCAGAUAGUGAAAAUGAAGAGGAUAAGAGAAGGACCAAAAAGGCAACCAUGAAGAUGGAAGAAAGUUCAGGAAUAGAGGGGACAGAGAGCGAAGAAUCUCAAAAACCACUUAAUAGGUUUUUUACAAGUGUGAAAUCAGAACUCAGGAAUAGAUCAUCAGAAUAUUCUGAUAUUUCUGAUUCAGAAGACUCUGGACCUGAUUGCACUGCAUUGAAAAUUCAUUUUACCACUGAAGAGUCUGAAAGUUCAGGUGAUGAAAAGAAACAAGAAAUAACAUCGAACUCUAAGGAGGAACCUGAUGUGAUAAGGAAUUUCCUUCAGAAGAGUCAGAAGCCGUCUAGAAGUGAAAUUCCAAUUAAAAGGGAAUGUUCUACCUCGACUAGCACAGAAGAAGAAGCUAUUCAGGGCAUGUUGUCUAUGGCAGGGUUGCACUAUUCCACAUGUUUACAAAGACAGAUACAAAGCACGGACUCUGCUGGUGAGAAGAAUGCUCUCCAGGAUCCCAGCAACUGCCAUAGCAGUAACCACGAGGUUAGGCAGUUGUAUCGCUAUGAUACACAAGUGGAAUGUGGAUACCAUGUCAAGACUGAAGAUCAAGACUUGAGGACUUCUUCCUGGAUUAAACAAUUUGAUAGGACUUCCAGAUUUAAUCCUCAGGACCUAAGUAGAAGCCAGAAAUGCAUCAAAAAGGAAGGCUCAUCAGAAAUCAGUCAAAAGGUGCAAAGUAGGCAUUAUGUGGACAGCAGUGGCUCCAGCCUUCAGAAUGGGAAGUACAUACAGAAUCCCAGCUUGGUUUCAGGGCCGUGCCAGAUAAGAAAUGGCAGUCUAAGCCCAGAAAGGCCUCUUGGUGAAUCUUCCUUUUCAGUGCCCCUUCACCCCACCAAGAGACCAGCAUCAAACCCACCACCUAUUAGCAACCAGGCAACAAAAGGUAAACGUCCAAAAAAAGGAAUGGCAACAGCCAAACAACGUCUUGGGAAGAUCCUUAAGUUGAACAGAAAUGGUCAUGCACGUUUCUUCGUGUGAUAGAGCUGCUGUCACAGCCUCUCUUCCCUUUGGAGGCCAGUCUUGGGGCACAGGAGCCUGGUGCUUCUGUUGUCCCCCUGCCUGGAGCUGUUUUCUGUCUAGUAAGAACACUGCUCGAAGAACAGAAUGAACCUGAUGCUGCAUUUUUACUGUGCCACACCCACUCAGCAAUAACCCUUUGGACCUGGUGGGGAGAGGAAGAAGGAGGGUGGAACCUUAAAAAGAGACCUUGAACUGGAAAGGGUCUCUUGUCAGGGCUUGAAUUUCAUUUUGUUAUUGGUAGUGUCUUGAUUUAUUUUCAGUAGUAGUGUAAAGAAUUAUCAAUAAUUUAUUUAACAGAUUUUUUUAAGUUAACAGCUUAUAAAUUCUUUCUUUUUUAAAGCUAUUUAUUUGGAAGAUUUCUGGAGAAAUAUCUCACUAAUUUAGAUUUAAGAAUGUGAAGGUUUUUAAAUUAUUUUUGAUAGUAUGUGUGUUACAUGUGGGAAAGAGCCACAGUAACAGUAACUAGUCUGGACUCUUAAAUUUGAUAUUCAGGUUAAAGUCUUAAACAGGGAUUUGAUGCAUUAAUUAUUUUAAAUUAAGAUGUAUAUGAAAAUCAUUUUAUUUUAUAUAUUUCAUGUGUUUUUUAUAAGCUAUUAGCUUCGCUUUUGCUAACAUCCAAGGUGCAUACUGUUAUCCAGGUUGAUUCCCUUACACCCCACCUUCCCUCUGCACCCCCAUCAUUUUGAGAUGACCCAACAAAACUCUUCUCUGCAGGGAAACACUUCCAUAGCUAAUCUGUAAAAACACAAAAGAUCCCUCGCUUCUCAUUUCCUUUGACAUUGUGGUUUUCUUCUAAAUAUGAAGAAAUAGCUUCUUACAUUUUUCAUUUCUCCCAAUGAUAUCUGGGUCCCAAAGAGAACAGCUUUAAUAUCUUUUAGCUACUUGUGGGGAAAAAUAUAGAUUUGAUUAAAUUGUCACAUUUAUAGUUUUUCCAAAUACAUUUGUAACUAUAGAAGGCCUCCUUCAUAUUGCUUGUGUUGGAGGACAGGGCCAACACCUGCUGCAGAGGUUAAAUCUUAGGAUACUUUUAGUCUCUAGACCUAAUUUGUUAAAGGCAUAUGUAUGAUUUGACUUAGGAUAUUCAAACGUACACAAUAAGCUGUAAUACAAUAGGACUAUACUAUAUAAUUAAGUUGUAUAGAAGCAUGUUGGACUAGAUCUUUUGUGUAUGUGUUUUUUUUUUAAUUUCUUAAUCUUCUAAAAAAUUAUUUCAGACACAGAUUUGGAGUAAAUGGGUGCUUUUGCAGUUUCUUCCAUCUAGUGCAUAUUGCAGUUAGCUAUUGGGUUGAACUUUUAAUUUAAUCAUUUUUCUUUUUUUGUACAGUUUUUAUUAAUACCAGUUUUCAGUUGUUUAUAAUUUUCCCCCUUUCCCCUGGUGGCAUAAAAAUGAUGAUUGUGGGAUAUGGUGGAGCUAUUCCCAAGUCUAACAAUAUAGCAAGCAUUACACAAACAGGCAAAUAGACUGAAAUUUAUUUUUAGUUUAUGGGGUUUUUUUUGGCUCAGCAAGGUAAUGAGACUGUUCCUACUGUAUUAAAUAUCUUUUAUGGUUGUAUUCAAAUGUGUAUUUCCAAAAAGAAAUACUUUUUACUCUUUCUCCACUAUAAUAUUUUAUGGGAUAGCAAUGGAGUAACAUGAAUUUCUUUUUUGGUUCUUGACUGUGAGAACCAAAGUUGAAAUCUUAUUUGAGUGUCAGGAAGAAUAAUUCUUUUGGAAAUUCUUAAUCUCUGUAGACUGCCUUCUUAGUCCCUGUCUGCACUGUGCCAUAAGUAGUGGAGAGAUGAAUGCAGUCAGCCACUGACUGGUCAGCAUAUUUCAAGAUGCACAAGUCUGGUUUGACUGAUUCCUUCACCUUCUCACAAUAUAUCACUGUGAUGUCUUGGUUUUCUGUUUUAGUGUUCUAAUAUACAUUUUUAUAUUAGCUUAAGAAAUAAGUAUAAUUUUUUUCCAGUUACUUCAGGAUCUGGACUUAUUUUCCCUCUACAUUUUGCACAACUCUAAAGAACUUUUUUCUUUAGCUAUAAAAAUUAAAAUAAAAAUUAAUUUAUUUUUAUGAAUUAAAAUUGUGGCCAGUAUCCAUCCACCCUGUGUCCUUAGGCCAAUAAACACUAAUGUUGAGUAGCUACUGUGUGGGAUUUUCUAAGUGAAGGUACUGUGGAUUCAAUUUUGCAUUUUAGUCCAUUAACUAGUUAUGUCACAAAACUUUCAGCAAGGUAAUAUAACCACUAAAAGUGAACCCAUGUAUCUUUUUCUGAAUUGGUGAAAAGUUUUAGCCACUGAUCUAAUGACUUUUGUACUUGGCCUCUUAUAAAGGUAAUGGCCAUGAUACACCCUUUAUCUCAUGGAAGUGGCUGAACCUUGAGGUUACUAUUGCCCACUCUGGGUUCAGUAGCAAUAGGUAACCUUUGUCUUUCCCUUAGUCUCACUUAAUAGAUACUGUACCACAGCUUACACAAGAGGACAGCAAUGAUAAUAUUUAGCUAGUCAUAAGCAAAUAUAAAUAUGUAAAAUUGAGAAUUAGUGAUUGAAUGUAUGCAACUUUAAUAAUAGUAGUACUUUUUCUAUAUGAAUACAAGUAAAUGACUCAACCUGGGAUCCACUGUACUGUAAUUCACAACAUCUUGUAAUAUAAUACUUUCCAACAUUGGUGAAUGUGCUAACAGUACAAAGCAGGCAGUUUAUAGUAGCUCAGUAACCUAGAAAUACGUUAAACUUCAUAAAUACCUGUUCAUCUUUGAGGUGUGCAAAAUUGAACAUUCUACUGAAAUCAUCAGAAACUCAGAAGAAACAAAUGCAUCUUAUCAUUAAAUAUUUAGUAUAAAUACAGUUCUAUGUUUUGAUGAUCCUAAUUAUUGCCUUUUCAAUGUACUCUACUGUUUUCAUAUAAGAUCAGCAGGUAUUUAUCAGACAUCUACUGUGUGUCCAGAACUAUUUAAUACUGUAGGAGAAUAUUGUUGCAGUUGUGGUUUCUGCUGAUAAAGGUGUCUUCUCCAGGAAAUUAGCAGUAUUAUUUUUAUGUCUAAAUAAACUAGAGCAAAAGAGGGCCCUUUUGUUUAAAAAAACAGCACGUUCCCCUAACUUUAUUAAUUUCAACUAAGGCACAUACCACUGUACAAGUGGAAGCAAAAAAAUAAAAAAGACCUGACUUCUUUAACAUUUAAGAAGCGUAACAGAAGUUAGUAGUUUAAUUGGUAAUGUAAUGAAGUAGUACAGCUUAGAAAAAAACAAAAGAACUGACUUCUGGUCUGAGUUCUGCCACUUUUGUGUCAGUGUGUGACCCUGAAUAAGUCAUUUUUUUCUAAAUACUAUUUCUGAAUCCAUUUUUUUUAUUUGUACGUUUAAGUAAAGUUGCUUAUUAGGAUAAUCAGAGAAGAAAGCAUUACUUAGUACUUCACAUAUAGAGAAUUUAUUAUUAUAAGUUACAAUUGAUAAUGAAUUUACCUUUAUAUAUAAAAUUUAAGUGAAAAUUCUUGUUAUUCACAAAACUUCUUUCAAAUCAAAUAUGUACCCAGAGCAGGCUACCUAAAAAAUGUGAAAAACCUCUAACAAGGUGCUAAGUUAAAGGCAGAAUCUAUGCUUGAAGUGAAAGAAAAAGAACUGAGCUAGUGUUUGGAAAGCAUAAUGAGAAUGUUCAUCCUCAAAUACAUUAAGAUGAGUUAUUGUAGUGGAAAGAUAGCUUUAGGUUUUUCUCAAAGAGGAAUUAAGGUAGUACUGCUUCUCAGAUUUGGCAUGCUUGUCAGGAACUAGAGGAAAGGCAAAAUAAGUUAUGAAUUAAAGUGUUUUAGCAACUACCCACAAGAUUAAAGGAAAAUAAGGUGAUAAGGAAGCUGGGACUCCACAGGACAGCUCCAGGUUGGUGACAGUAGGUUGGGUAAAGAGAAAGGUCAUUGGUGGUUUGGAGGUCAGACUCAACAGAAGAGUUAACUGCUUGUUUUUGAAAAUGCUUUUUACCUAAGAGUAAGAUCACUCCCUAAGAGAUGAGAAGAGUAACUGCUAUAGUAAACGAUCAUUUUUAGUUUGCACAUGGAAGAUACCUGGUAUCUUCAUAAUGUAACAGUAAAUUACUUUUUCCAAAAUUUACUUUUCUCAUUAAAUAUUAAAUUUAUUGCUACUUAUUGCAAGGUCCUGAGUUUGAUUGCCAGCAUAGAGGGGGUAAGGUGGGAAGCUCAGGCUCUUCUCUUUCCUAAUGUCCUUGACCUUGAUCCAAAGAGCAGUCUCUAGGUUAAUAAGGAAAGCUGGUCAGUAAAGGAGACCAAGUAGGGCAUGGAUUUUCCUGGAGACACAGUGGAUCUAGGACCUCCUGUAUCUUGCUUCUGCAACACUGUUCAGUCUCUACUUGUCUUGUGAAAGACAUCCAUAUGCUUCCUUGAAGCUAGGUGAACAGAGAGAAAAUUAAUAUACUCAAUAAAUUGUUAUUAAGCAUAAAAUAAUCUUAAUGCUGUAUGUAGCCUUACUAAAAACUCUUCCUUUAUUUUAAUCUGCUUUUCAGUGAACAUCAUGCCCUAAUUCAAAUAAAUAUUUAAUGUCCUUUCCAUAAGUACUUUUUUCCCCCUAAAUUAAGGUUAUUAAGAACCAAAUGCCUAUUUCCAAAGCAGGUAGCUUAUUGUGACUGACUGGUUUUAUUCAUCUACAGUAAUUUUUCAUUCUACUGGGGAGGAGAAAAAUAAGACUCACUUGAGAUAUUUUUCCUCUUACCCUUGAUACCCCUUCUAAUGUCUUAAGACUUUGUCUUAACAACUGUAACAUGUUUUUGUCAGAAACAUUUUAGAAACUGUACCUACAGAUUCUUCCAGCAAGUUUAUCUGCUCUGCACUAUUUCAUUAAUAAAAUUCUGGCUACCACGUAGCCCUUGACCUCCAAGUAGUUGACCUAUGCAAGACUUGUGACAUUCUGGUUUUACUUACCUUUAUUUUAGAAAACAGUCAUAAACAGAAUAAGGGGGAAAAAAACACCUUGCAUUCAACCAGUUUUAUUUUGGCCAUUUCUUUCACAAAAUAUCAGCUGUUCUCCCCCACGAUUUCUCACCAAAACAAUUAUAAGUGCUAGAAUAUAUAACGUUUUGCAGGAAUAAAAUAACUCAGACAUACACAUACUUCUUUGGUGGAUGCUAACUUUAAUGUACUUAAACAUUUCUAACUUUAAUGGAUUUAAACAUUAUCAGCAUUAUGUGUAAUAUAUAAUCAGUUAAUUCCUUGCCUAGAAUUAUUUCUUCCCUCUAAAAUUCAUAAUUAAACUUUUAUUUUUACAAUACAUGCAUAUAACUUCCACAUUAUAGUCAGGGACCUGAGGUAUAACUUGCUAAGUGAACCCCAAGGUUAUUUUAUCUUGCAAAAGAAACCUAAACCAAACUAAGGGCCUUACAGUUUAUGGUUAGACUGAAUCAAAAGCUAUAACCUCAGUUUUUCCAAAAACAGCUUCUGACUGCAAAAGCAAGUCAUGCAGUUGUUAGGUAUGAAAUAGCACUGAUCAGGAAAUGCACGUGCAUCUCGCAGACUGUAUUUCCUUUGGAAAAGACUUUUCUACUUUUAAUAUAAAUUAAGCCAUAACAGUUUCAUGCUGUGGAAAGAGGGUGAAAAGGUUCAUUUUAAGAGAUUAUAUAAUAUGAAUUUUCACAUUUAUUGUGAAAUGUCUAACUUUUUGCCAGUGCUUCAGCAAGUUUCCUUUUAGGGGGGGUAUUGGAGGGUGGUGAUGGGAGGGGGUAGUGUUGGUUCUAGGGGGUUUAACUCUGAAAUUUGAAAAGGGGACAGUUGUUGGCUAUGGUAUUUACUAGUUUUGUAGUAAUGUUUUGCUAGCCUGACUGAUUUUCCUUACUGGUUUUUAUGCCCACAGUCCCAGGUGACUGUUACCCUUCUCAUUUGGGGUGUCUAUGGAGUAGUGUCUCAUCUGUGUGUGUAGGCGGCCAGUGUGUGUGCACAUGUGUGUCUGGGAAUACAGAAGCACACUGUGUGACAGUGGGAGGGUGUGGCUGGGGAGUGGGGUGCAGAAGCUUUAAGAGCAUUUGUUUUGAUUCAUAACAGUAUUUCCCAUCUUUUGCCUGCAGGCAGGGAAAGUGUACAGUAUUUAUUUUGUUUCUGUUUUAAUCUGAAUUUGUAAGUCUUUAAGUAGCUUAUAUUGGUUAUUAUAGGGGAAGACAAGUGACUUGUUUAAAGUUGUAUUUGGUAUUCUUUCCAAUUUCUGUAUUUUAAAAUAUUGAAAUUAAAAUUGUAUUACUUCUGUUUUGA